AGAAUUAUUCUUAAAUUCUAGAAUUUGUAAACUGGUCAAACAUUUUAGGUAAUAGGGAGAUAACCAUUUUAUUUUUAAAAAAGUUGGAAGAUGCACUUUUGGUCAAGUUAUACAUUUUAGAAACACUCCACAAGCAAUUCCAUCCACAGACACAUUGAUUUAUAACCAGCCUACGAAUCCCUCAGAAUCUAAAUCAACCACACAGCCAACCAGAGACAGCACCAACCCUCAACCAACCCAUGCAACUCCCCCACCAGCAGUUCACCUCCCAAUGACCCUGACCUGAUGUAACCUCCCUAUCACAUGACCUGUCACAAGACUCUCACUGAUGACUCACACCUGACCCAUCACAAGACCCUCACUCGACACACCCACAUCCGAAGCCCUUAUAAACAGAAGAACAUUGACACUGACAUCCCCUAAACUCUGCUGAAGAUGUUACCUAGCCUGGUAAUGAAAUGUUUGGAAACCAACCCACAAGCUCAGAGAAUGAACCUUCACCCUCAUUUUAGAAACAUUUAAUCAGAUAUAUUCUCCUCCUGAUUUUUAAUAUUCCAGAUCUACUAAUCCAAACUGCUGGCUUUCUACAUUUCUGAAUACUUUUCUGCAAGAUUCUCUGCUCAUUUCUCCUUUGAAAAAUCAGCUUGGGAACAAUUUUGACCUUUUGUAGUUUAUCCCACCUAUGUUGGCAAUUCCAGCCAAUUGAUCCACUUCCACACACUUGUAAAGCUACAGAUUGGAAAUAAAAGAACUGAAAAGAUUUUAAAGAGAUUUGUUUUGUAUGAUCUUAGAUGAGAGCAUCUGUGAAACAGGAAGCUUAACUUCUGAAGAGAAGGGAUAAAGUGCACAGUGUUUACAGGGGAGUGUUCUCCUCAGGUUAUCGGCAGACACCUGUUCUCCAUACACGCUCUGCCGGUAAAAAACACUCCUCUCCAGGGCUGUGGUUUGGACAAUCAUAGAAAGAAUGAAAACUCCACGCUACCGUUACAUUCUUCUGCCCAAUCUGGGUGAUGAAACUUUGUCUCUAGAACCUGAAGAGGAAGCUGAUGGGCUAGACUCAAUCAGGACAAGUGCAGAUGAUCCAUCCGAAGUUGCAGAAGAAUUGAAUGAGCCUGUACUGAAUGCUCAAAGUAGCAUCUUGCACACAGAAGAAAUCCAACAGCUAACUCCACAUCUCCCUCCGCGAGUGACUGCCUAUCCCUGGAACCUUGUCUACUGUACAGCAAGGGACGGAUUUAGUCUGAAGACCAUGUAUAGAAGCAUGAGCAACUUGGCCUCUCCUGUGUUAUUGGUUAUCAGGGAUACUGAUGGACAGAUAUUUGGAGCUUUUUCUUCUACAGCUAUUCAUGUGAGCAGUUGUUUUUAUGGCAAUGGAGAAACAUUUCUGUUCUCUUUCACUCCACAACUCAAGGUAUUUAAAUGGACAGGCAAAAAUACCUUCUUCAUGAAAGGAGAUGCAGAUUCUUUAGCCAUUGGUGGAGGCAGUGGUAAAUUUGGACUCUGGCUAGAUGGAGAUCUGAACCAUGGAGGAAGCCAUCCCUGUGAAACCUUCAAUAAUGAGGCAUUAUCACCCAAAGAGGAAUUCCUCAUCCGAGACUUGGAAGUUUGGACACUAUCUUAACUGGAAGAAAAAUCAAGACAUCUCUUCAUGCACUUUCCAAGCACUUAAGAGGAUUUGGCCAGUAGUCCUGCAUCAAUUUGUCAAAUCCCCCUCAAAUGAGGAUAGUCCUCUUGUGGAUUCCCUGUCUUUAUAGAUUGGGAAGAAAGAAAUCAAUGCUGGAGAAUCUUA